CACGUCGGCCGCGUUUACGGCACGCGUGACGUGUCUCCGUCAACACAACAAUGGCGGACGCCGCGGAGGAAGCUCUUCAGGGCAGCUGGGACCAGGAUCUCGCCGAGGCUCUGGACUCCGGCGGCUCCGACAUGGAGAUGGAGAGGAGCAUCGUGCAGGUCCAGGAGAACUCGGCCCAACACAGGGCCAAGAUGUGGAAGAUCGCUCUCAACGUCUCCGGCAAAGGAGACAGCUUGUCUCCCUGGGACGGCGUCCUGGAUUUACCGGAACAGACCCUCAUUCACCACCGCAGCCAACAGCUGAUCGACCAACUGGAGGUCUCGGAGGAGGAGAGGCGGGACCAGGUGUCCGACGUGGAGUCCGUCAUCAGCUUCUACUGCAAGUCCCGGAACAUCUCCUUCAGCCCGGAGACCAGCUGGCCGCACCUGCUGAAGCCGCUGCUGGGACUCCGGCUGCCCCGCAGCGACCUCUACAACUGCUUCUACGCCGUCAUGAACAAGCACAUCCCCAGGGACUGCGUACCGAACGGCCGACCCUUCCACCUGUACAGACUUCUGCUGCAGUACCACGAGCCGGAGCUCUGCAGCUUCCUGGACACCAAGAAGAUCACACCCGACUCCUACGCCAUCAACUGGAUGGGCAGUCUGUUUUCCAGCCACUGCCCCCCGGACGUCACCCAGGCCCUGUGGGACUGCUACCUCCGGCAGGCCGACCCCUUCCUCAUCUUCUUCCUCAUGCUCAUCAUCCUCGUCAACGCCAAAGAGGUCAUUCUUUCACAAGAAGGAGGCAGCAGAGAGGACAUCAUCAAAAUGCUGGAAGAGUCUCCUUCUCACCUGGAAGCGGAGGACGUCGAAGAUCUGUUCUCUCUGGCUCAGUAUUACCAGAGCAAAACCCCCCUGUCUCUCAGAAAGAUGAACCAGAAUCUGUUCGGCUGCAGCCUGGUGGCUCUGAAGGAGGAGGACACUGAUCUGAGUCAAGCGCUCUGUCUCCCUGUGUCCGUCCCCGACAUCCUGCAGGCCAACCAGCUGCAGCAGGACGGCGUGCGUUUCUUCGUGGUGGACUGUCGGCCUGCAGAGCAGUACAACGCCGGCCACCUGUCCACGGCCUUCCACCUGGACUCCGACCUGAUGCUCCAGAACCCGUCUGAGUUCGCCCUCUCCGUGAAGUCGCUGCUGGAGGCUCAGAAGCAGUCGUUGGAGUCCGGCUCCAUCGCCAGCGGGGAGCACCUGUGCUUCAUGGGCAGCGGGCGCGAGGAGGAGGACAUGUACAUGAACAUGGUGCUCGCCCACUUCCUGCAGAAAAACAAAGAGUACGUCAGCAUCGCCAAAGGAGGAUUCAUGGCUCUCCAGAAGCACCUGGUGGACAUGAACAUUGAGGGUCUGGACUCUUCGUACCUUCACUGGAUCGUCAGCACGUCUGGAUCCCACAGCAGCCUCAGCUCCACCGACGGCGACUCUCUGAGCCCCGGAGACGGAAAAGGGGUCAAAUCUCUGGUCAACAAAAUGACCUUCGCCCUCAAGUCCAAGUCCGUGAACGUCAAGGAGAAGAUGAUCAGCUUCAUCGAGAACACCUCCACCCCCGUAGACAGAAUGGCUUUCAAUCUGCCGUGGCCAGAGAAGGUGAUUCCAGAUCGACAUGUGAGCAGCAACGACCGAGUUGGCAAACCGUACCGAGGGGUGAAGCCCGUCUUCAGCAUCGGUGAUGAGGAGGAAUACGAUACAGAUGAGAUUGACAGCUCCUCCAUGUCGGACGAUGACAGGAAGGAGAUUGUCAGCGUCCAGACCUGGACCAACAAGCCAGACGUGAAGCAUCACAUCCCAUGCAACGAGGUGAAGGAAACCGGUCACAUGUUCCCCAGCCACUUGUUGAUCACAGCCACUCACAUGUACUGCCUGAGGGAGAUCGCCUCCAGGAAAGGCUUCGCCUACAUCCAGUCCAGACAAGCGCUGAACUCCGUGGUGAAGAUCACGUCCAAGAAGAAGCAUCCGGAGCUCAUCACCUUCAAGUUCGGCACCAACAACUCGUCCGGAGUGGAGAUCUCGGCGGUCGAGAGAUAUUUGAUACCCAACGCGGGCGACGCCACGAAGGUCAUAAAGCAGCAGAUCAUGAAGGUCCUGGACGCUCUGGAGAGCUCGUAAAGGGAGGCGGCGCGAGGCCGUCGCCGCGACACAAACUGUGAGGAGAAACCGGCUCUCUCCCUCGGCCGUCCUCCCCGCUGGACGGAGCCCGUGCGGUGUUGACUGGGAAGCCCCGUGUGUCUGUGUUUUGUUGGACGCUGUAGGACGAGGCACAGAAACACUCAUCCACCCAUUCUCUUGCAUUAAGUUACUAAUAUUAUUGGUUAUAACGUAUGUUUUUCCUCAUCAUAAAACAUCAACUCUCCUCUGGCCUUAAGGUGGCGUACCUGUUCAAUCGCCACAUGACUGACCUUCUGAUUUAAAGGGCCGGUACCAAUGUUCUGAAGUGUGUUUGUGUGAUAGGUGAGCAGCGAGAUGUUGUGCUGUGGACACCAGACUCCAUUCAUGAAACACUGGUUCAACCUCUCAGAGACUUUCAUGAAUCAUUAACUCCUUUAACACGUUAAAGUCACACACGGUUGUGCUCUGCGACGCAAAAUGACUCUUUGUGAAUGGAGUCUGGUGGCGUUCACUUGGACUGAGAGCUUCUUUUAGGAGGCUCGAAUACGUCCUCAGCAGAACUCCACGUUGCUUCAUCAGUGAACCUCUGGAGGAGGAGUUUAAACCGUCUCCUUUCUGACCCAUUUGUUGUCUUGUAAACAAAGCUGCUGCUCAGUCUCUUAGUUCACUCUCUGAUGUGUUUAAAGCAGAUGAUCAUGGUUCUGGUUAGGGAGUGGACACGGGUCAGCCAGCUCAAACAUUAACAUCCCCCCAAAAAAAACACAUAGCUGGCACACGAGUCUCACGUCUGGAACAUUCUGACCGGACGCUCCUUUUCUUUCUGCGAGACAUAUAAUAAUAAUAAUAACAAUAAUAACAAUAGUACAUGAACCUCCCUCACAGCGGUCUGGACUCCUUCAGUGUUGCAGCAGCCCGAGCGCCUCAGACUAAACAUGAGCCGAGGUGAGAUGAAUGAAAUGGUGUUUGUAACGAGGACGCUUUGCACCUCCUGAGCAUUUGUAAAAAGAUAGUCAUUCUAUAUAAAUAUAUAUAUGCACAUAUAUCCAUGUUUUGUGUCCGUUGUGUUAGUCCAGACGAAGCGGCUUUAGUUUCCACUGUUGCCUUCGGCCUAGCGGCGCGGCGCUAACGUGCGGUCGCACCUCGUUGGUUUUCUGACUCUUUGCUGUUCGUUCUCUCGUCGGCCGGCUCCAACUGAACGAGUUGGAAGUCGGCGGUUUAGAUCACGGACAACGUGAAAUAAACACAUUGGGACAGAAAAACAUUCUGAGAUUAUGAAGUCGUUUUAUGACGAUGAGGGCGACCUCUGCACGAGGUGAAGAUACAAGUACGCCUUUUCUUUUGUGAAGAUUAAUUCAUUCUAAUAUAAUUAAAACUGAUUGUUUUUAUAUCGGAAUAUUCAUUGUUGUUUUUUUCUCGUACCUUUUUUUUUUUUUUUUUUAACAUUAAUUUACCACUAAACUGAGGGAAUAUAAUUCUGUUGUAAAUUGUAGGGCUUUUUUCUCGUAAAUUUAGUAAUUUCCUUUCAGAAAAUAUAAGUUUUUUCUUGUUAAUUUAUCACUUUAAUCUUGGACAAUAUAGAAAUGUCUUCCUAAUAUAUGAGAGGUUUUUCUCGUUAAUUUAACACUCUAAACUCUAAAAACAUUUGUUUUUCAUCGUAGAUUUAAGUUUUAAUUUGACAUCAUUUUACAUGUGAGAGUUUUUCUUUUUUUUCUCAGAUUACCUGCGUACGUUUUAAUGAGCCCAUUUCCCACCUGCAUUGGUCCUGAUACGUGAACCUUCACUCCAUCGCGCAGCAUUACGUGUACUUCUUGUAUAUCUCGUCGGUGUUGAGUCUUCACGUCACUUCUUUACGUCGAAAUGCAACAUGUCCAAAGUGUCAUUUGCACCUUUUAAUGUACUUCUAUUAUUUUCUAAGCGUUUCUGAUUUUAAUAAAUGGAGAAUAUUUGA